UCUGAUGCGUGUGUUGGUAGCUUGGCACGCUACUUCCCUGGAACCGUUGCUGAUUCCAGUGCUUCCUCCUGACGUCUUUGAUCACUACCCAGUCACCGGGCUUGAAGUGGUGUUGUGGCGCAUCAGCUGGCGUCGGCAGUACGGCUUUCACCUGAGAGUGGAUAACUGAGAGGAAGACUGAAAGACUUAUACAGUAGUUCAACAAAAGCAUUUAGAAAUUCAAACCAGCAACCACACUUUCCCCAGUCACAUACUUCAGGAUACUUGCUGCAGAGCUGACCUUCGAGGAAAGAGUUGGCAUUCCCAUGAGCAAUGGAGGAAGUCUAUGCCAAUGUUGACGAUGUCAAACCCCUAAGCUCAAGAUCAUCAACAAUACAAGAAGGUCCCAGGAGACUUCUCAGAGCGUCUGUUCUCGGUCUGGGGCUGCUGGGUGUUUUCCUGCUGGCUGGACUCAUCGGCCUCGCUGUCCACUACCAUAACUCAGUAGGUGGUGCAGCUGCAGAUCUCUCCGCUGUCAAAGCAGACAUCACCUCAGUGACUGAAGAGAAAGACAACCUGACUGAGCGUCUCCAGGCCAGAGAUCAGCUGAUCAACCAGCUGAAUGUCAGCCUCACUGAGUCUCUCCAGGACAGAGAUGAGGAGAUCUCUCACAUGCAUGACUACUUAAAUCAAUGUUACAGAGAGGUGGACAGGCUUCACUGUUUGAACAACAAUGCAAAAACGUGUCCUGAAGGAUGGAGGAAGUUCGGUUGUUCCUGUUAUCUCCUCUCUACUGAGGAAGCUACUUGGGAACAAAGCAGAGACAACUGCACAGCCGAAGGAGCACAUCUGGUGAUCAUACACAGUGAUGAAGAACAGGAAUUCAUCUCUAGCAUGACCAAGGAACCAACUUGGAUUGGUUUGAGUUACAGAGAAGAGGAGAGGACCUGGAAAUGGGUGGAUGGAUCUCCACUGAAUCUGAAUCCGAUGUUUUGGCACCAAUCACUACCUGAUAAUGGAGGAUGGAGUCCAUAUUAUGGCGAACAGUACUGUGCAUACUUCAAUGCUUACAAAGAGUUGAACGACCGGUCCUGUGGGACCAAUCUGCAUUGGAUCUGUGAGAAAUAACAUUGGUGACUGUUUGGAUACUAAACAUGCAAUCAUGCUUUUACAAUUUAGUUUAAAUCGAGUUAUUUAAAACUUAAAGGUGGGGUAGGUAAUUUUGGAGAAACCAGCUCGAGUGCGGUAGAAUUUGAAAAUACACAGCCAGA